GCGGACGCGGGGCGGGGCGGCGCGGGGCGGCCAUGACGGCGCACAGCUUGGCGCUGCCGCUCGUCCUCUUCUCCGCCUUCUGGGGCCUCGUGGGCAUCGCCGCCCCCUGGUUCGUGCCCAAGGGGCCGAACCGCGGGGUGAUCAUCACGAUGCUGGUCACCACCGCCGUGUGCUGCUACCUCUUCUGGCUCAUCGCCAUCCUGGCCCAGGCCAACCCCCUGUUCGGGCCGCAGCUGAAGAACGAGACCAUCUGGUACGUGCGCUUCCUCUGGGAGUGAGCGGUCCCUGGGAGCCGGCACCUCAGCAGAGAGCCCAUCGAACCAUCACCCUGUUGUAGCUGUUCCAGCCCCUACCCUCCUGUACCAAACAGCCCCCAGAGGUGCUGGGAGAGAGGCUGGACCCGCUCCCCAAACACACCUGGAGCACUGCAGCCCGGAGCAAUGGAUGGCUGGGUCCCCAAGCAUGGCAGGCAAGAUCCCUGGAUGAGGGCCUACUAAUCCAGCCCUAGGAGCAGCCACACUGCCAGGGAGAGAUCCCUUCAGCUGGCCAGUGCUGCAGUGGCUGAGCACCAUCCUGUGAGGGAUCUGUGUGUGGUACGAGCGGGUCCUGUCCCAGCAGUGUUCUUCCUACCCUCUUGGUGUGUUCAGCCUUAGCCCCCAUGUGAAACCCCUCCUCAUAGCUUAAGCUGCCCAGCUAGCUGCCCUGUCCCUGAUCAUUGCAUCCACUGACUGCCAUCUGCAUGAGAACAUAAGAGCCAUCACAUCCUCUGUGGUCUGGCCAGUCCCCUGUGGUGGGAGAACCAGAGGGUUGAUCCUAGAGAAGCAUGCAAAGCCCCUUGGGUGUGACAAGGGAGGUGUUGGGGUCUGCUGGCAGGGAUGAAAAGAGGGCUGUCUCCCACCUGAGCAGUAAUGUUUAGGUAUCUCCACCGUAAGAUGGGUCCAGGUUCUGAGGUGAGCCAAGUAGGGCAUUGUGUUUCAUAUUUCCCCUUAUUUAUCAGAUAAUUUAUCUGUACUUAUUUAUUUGUCUGUGUCAUUUAGCUUGUGUUGUGGAAAUAAAUCAUUUUUCUAGUAA